AUGAGUCCAUCCAAGCCAGCUAUCUCGUCCUCGCGCGCCCGCCUCCCAUGGCUCCUUCCGUAUUCCCCGCGUCCGAAACCCGGCGGCGGUCACCAGCGAAUCUCCAAUGCCUCCAUCCUCCGCGCCAUUGCGAACCCAAACUCCAACCCCAAGAAAGUCCUGUCGCUCUUCACCGCCGCUGUGCGGCAGCGUGGCUUCCGCCACGAACUCCCCACGUACGUGUCUCUCCUCCCCUUCCUUGUUCGACACCAUCGAAUUCGUGCCACUGAGAUCCUCCUACGACGGCUCCCACUCACCGGGCUCUGCCCUGGAUCCUCCCUUCUGCUCCCCCUCGCUUCCUCAGCGCUCACCGCCGGUAUUCCCUCAGAUUCCGCCGCCAGAUUGCUCCUCUCCGCCUCACCCUCCGCUUCCGCUUUCUCCUCUCUCCUCGGAUUUAUCAUCCGCUCCGACCAUCUAAGCCUUGCCCGUUCACUUAUACUCUUCGCUGUCCCCGAUAAACUAGGGUUUCCACUUAAGAUUCGCCAUUUCGCCGGACUUGUACGCAAAUACUGCCGUCGGGGGGACGUCGAGGAGGCAGAGGAGCUGGUGGCGCAGAUGGGGCGAAGCGGCGUGUCGGCCGAUGCUGAGACCUGGAACUCUCUGAUCGUAACCGUUUGUGACCAUCGCAGCGUCGAUGGUGGGUUUCGACUUUUUCUGGAAAUGGUGGAUAUGGGGGUUUUGCCCGAUGUGAUUACUUUCUCGACGCUGAUGGGCCGGAUGGGGAUGGAAGGCAAGGUUUUGGGGUGCAAUGCUCUCUUUGGGAGAAUGCUGGUGAUGGGUGUUCUUCCGGAUUUGGGUUUUUAUAGGAUUCUUAUUGGCGUAUACUGCAAGAAUCGCUUGUUGAGUGAUGUUGUGAGAGUUCUCAGGGCAAUGAAGAUUGAUGGGUUUCUGGACGAUGGAGGAAUUGAGGAGCGGAGUGUUUUGGAAUGGGGCGUAGAGUUUGACGAGGUUAUUUUGUGUUUCGUGCUUAAGUGGGGCAGCAUUGGGGACUUUAUGCGGUGA